AUGCCCUCUCUCUUGGCCUCCGUGCCGACCAGCUCACUGUUCUGGUGGGCCACACCCAAGAACCUGACUGCCGGCCUGGUCGCCUAUCUUUCGUACGAGAUAAUCUACGCCUUGUACUUUUCGCCGCUGCGCAACGUGCCCGGUUCUUUCUGGGCGCGCAUUAGCAAAAUUCGGACGCUCAUUAGUGACAUUAAGGGCGACGAGCCCGAGUACAUCAUUGCGAACCAGGAAAAGUACGGCAGCGUGUUUAUGCUGGAGCCAUACAAAGUGGCCAUAUGCGACCCGAGCGAUUGCCGACUUGUGCUGAGCACGCACGCGUUCAGGAAGGACAGGCAGUACGGCAACAUUGAGUUUUUGGAGCCCAACAUGUUCCUAACCGUCGACCCAGAGCUCAACAAGCAGCGGCGGCGGCAAAUCGGCCCAGCGCUGGGAAUGGCGAGUCUGCGCAGGAUGGAGCCCAAGAUUCUGGCUGCCGGCGUUGUAACGUUGGUUGACAAGUGGGGAGCCCUGGCGGAUGCGGCAGAGAAUGGCGAGGCAAAGGGUCAGCUACUUUUACGACUUCUCGAUGAUGACAUGCACCGGCCGGUGCUGACCUCUGACGACCGGCGCAUUGUGCGCUGGGUUAACCGCGCCUUUACGCUGAUGUUCAUGGAGGCCAUCCUCCCUUUCCUCAAGCAUUCGCCUUUCAACCGCAUCUUGCGGCCGCUGUACCAAGACGCAAGCGAUUUCAUUACCUUUGGCAAUGCAGCAAUCAAGCAGCGCAAACAGGAGCUGGAGCAGAUCGAUGAGGCCCACAGCGAUGAGAAGCCAGCAGAUAUUCUGCAGAGCCUGAUUGACGCCGAGGAUCCAGAGUCCAAGGUUCGUAUGACUUCCGGACAAGUCACCUCAGAAAACAUCAUUACGCUGAUGGCUGGUACGGACACAACAAGCAAUACACUGUCUUGGGGUAUACACUUGCUUCUGCUACACCCAAAGUACCACCGGCGCGCUGUCGAGGAGGUGCGUAGCCAGUUCACGCCAGACCAUGUAAUCACGUUCGACGAGGCCAAAGCGAGGCUGCCGUAUUUGGAGGCAUGUGUGUAUGAGACUCUGCGCCUGCGUCCGGUAUCAGGGAACUUGCCUAGAAUCAUCCCGCGCGGCGGCGUCGUGAUCCAGGGGUACUUCAUCCCCGAGGGAUACUCGUGCUCGGUAUGUCUGGCCGGCGCCAACAUGAACCCUGAUACUUGGAAGCGCCCGCACGUCUUCUACCCCGGUCGGUUUGUUGACUGCGACUAUAACAAGCACCAGGUGCUGACCUUCAGCGCUGGUGUGCGAGUGUGCCCCGGAAGAAACCUGGCAAUGGUUGAAAUCAUGACGACCCUGGCCAAUGUGCUGAACCGCUUUGACCUGAGGCUGCCUGAGGACUCGCUGUUCAAGCCUGAUAUCCGCGACCAGCAUGGGCUUCCUAUCAUCAUGCCGCGCAAUAACGCAGUAACCUCUGCUCCGAUGUUCCCAGACCGCGACUGUAAUGUCGUUAUCAGCCGGCGCAAGUAA